AUAUAUAUAUAUAUAUAUAUAUAUUUAUAUUUAUGUGUAUACCAAAUAUAUAUCUCAAAAGCAAAACAUCACGGAACUCAAUGACUUGUACAACUAUCAUCUUUGUUUAAUAAUUAUAUUUGGAAUUUGUAAAAAAUACUGAAGAGGGUUAUUCGAUUUUAUAUAGAUCAUGCAAUUUCAGCAUCGAUGGAAAAGGAUACUAAAAAUGAAAAGCACAUUGUCUGGCUUGAUAUGGAGAUGACAGGCUUAGAAGUGGAAAAGUGUCAUAUUUUAGAACUUGCAUGUUUAAUAACUGAUGAACAGCUAAAGCCUGCGAGCGAUUGUUUAAACAUUAUUAUACAUCAAUCGGAUGAAAUUUUAGACAACAUGUCCAACUGGUGCAAAGUACAACACAAAAAGGCAAUUUUACCUUUUUCAAACAAUUGUCGCUCGAGUAAGAUUACAUUGGAGGACGCUCAACAAAAAAUGCUACAAUAUUUGGAGAGCCAUGUGCCAAAAGGAAUGUGUCCAUUAGCUGGAAAUUCAGUUUACAUGGAUCGUAUAUUCCUCAGGAAAUAUAUGCCAUUAAUCGAUGAUUAUUUACACUACAGAAUUAUUGAUGUCAGUACGAUCAAAGAGUUAGCUAGGUACAAGAAUCAACUGAUUACUUCGUAAUUUGUAUGUCAACUUAUAUUUGCAUUUCGUAAAGUAAGGAUUCGUGCAUGUAUAAAAUAUUUGUUUUAAAUUGAUAAGUAUAAGACAUAUUUUUU